AUGAGGUGCAGAUUGCCCAGACUUUUGUUGAAGCCUCCCGUCUUGGGACUGCAAUUUUCCGGUAUGCCCUGCUGCCCAGACGGGAGUGUGAAUAAGAUCGUGGAAAGGUGCAUAAAGCUGAUGCCCAGAGAUGUUGAACAUGGCUUACAUGGCUUUGCCGUGGAUUUGCCCCGACGGAGAGCAGAUCAUGGAGAGAUUUCCGGGAAAGCCAUCAGCCAUCAGCCAUCAGCCACACUGAGGGAAAAAGGCGAUGUCCGAACGCUGGAAAGUUGGGACCGUGAGUUGGAUUCUGGUCUGGGGAAGAAGGAGGAGGUGAGUGGUUAG